UUCGUCUUGGCUUUGACGAGCAUCACAAAAGACAUCAUUGGGAGGACUACAACAGAGAGGUGUCUCCACCAACAGCUAUCGUAACAGCUCAGGAUGAAUCUGGAGCCGCACAAAAUUGAGAUCAAGUCGGCCACUCGGGUCACCGGCGGCCCCGCCACCCCACGCAAAGGCCCGCCCAAGUUCAAGCAGAGGCAGACCCGCCAGUUCAAGAGCAAACCCCCGAAGAAGGGAAUCCAGGGGUUUGGUGAUGAUAUCCCCGGGAUGGAGGGCUUAGGCACAGACAUCACGGUCAUCUGUCCCUGGGAGGCCUUCAAUCACCUGGAGCUGCAUGAGCUGGCUCAGUAUGGUAUCAUCUGAGCCGCCCUGCUCCACCCUGCAGUCCUCUGAGGAUUACAGACCACAUCCCGACACGUCACGUCAUCUGCCUCAGGCUCCAUGUCAACGCUUUAAAUGAACACACUUUAAAUAAAACAACAUAAUGAACUGGAAUCAACACAAAACAUGAAAAAAAAACACUUCUACAAUUCU